AUGGCCGGGAUUUGUACUUCUGCUGAAUGGCCACAGGCGGUCCGUAACAUAUACGAGCCUGUUGGAUACUUGGGAAAAGGCGGAUUUGCUUGCGUCUUGCUGGGAAAAUCAAAGAAACCAGUCAAAGGCCAAGAGGAAUCAUAUGUCGCCAUAAAAAUUGUCGAUGGCACCGAAGAUGAUUGGGCUUAUUCGCAUCGCGAAGCAGAUAUUCUUCGACAGUUGAAUCAUCCAAACAUUAUGAGAGUCGUCAACAGUUGGGAACCGACCGAGUAUGAGCCGGGUGCGAUGGCACUCAGCUAUGCCAAAGGCCCAACAAUCCAAGCAUUGCUAUCACAUGGUGGUGCCCUCUCUACCUUAUUUGUCCGAAUUGUGACGGCGCAAAUUGUCGAUGCACUUUCAUAUAUGCACAGCCAUGCAGUAGUCCAUCGAGACAUUAAACCUGAGAAUAUAAUAGUAACUGGGGCGGAUCUCAAGGAUGAUUCUAUAUGGGACAGUGUCGAUAAUCUGGACGAUCAAGAUUGGCCAACACUACGAAACAAAUGGAAACCCACUUUGAUUGAUUUUGGUUUUGCCCGUGCCUUGACACCUAAGGAUGUCUCCACUAAAAAGUUUGAACGUCAAGAUGAUUGCAUGGGCAAUACGUUUCGACGCCAAAUGAGUGCUGUUGGAACUGAAGACUUUGUCGCACCUGAAAUCAUGCAAGAUAUUCAUCAAGAAGAACAUAAGGAUCCCCGAGUCGUUACUGAUACCAUUUCGCACAACGUGGCUGACUAUUCCGUGUUGGUGGAUGCCUACAGUAUGGGAUGCAACAUUCGGUACAUGAUGACGGGAUGUCCACCACACACCUGUGUCAAAGAUGCCAUUGCGCGACAAAACAGUAUGUUGAGCAAAUUUAUAGGUUCCGUUUUCGGUCGCAAGCGCAAAUCAGGAAAAGAGGACGAAACGAAACGAAAAGUAGCGUACCGUCUUGAAGAAAAUCUUUCAACUAUCGUCCGGGAACUGAUGACAAGUAUGAUGGAUCAAGACGAAACAAAACGAACGUCCGUUCGAAUGGCAAGACGGCAUCCGUGGCUUGCUGAAGUCUUGCCUGAAACAACGGACGGAGAUGGAAAUAUUGAAUACUUGCAUCUGGUUAUGGGUUCUGCCACACAAGCAGGAGAAACAAAAGUAGAGCAGCAGUAG